AUGGCAGACGCUGUAGAACAGAGUCCAACCAUCGACGCACAAAAGAACGUGCCUUCCAGUUCAAAUCCCGAUCGGGUGCGAAAGCCGCCAAAGCUCCAGCGACGAGGUGGUCCAUCGGACGCAUCAAAAUCGGUGGAUCCUGCCCCAGAACCUGAGCAACCGCCUGCAGAAGCAGCGAAGGCGGGUGAAGCAGCAGUAGCAGAAGCGCCAGAGGAAACUGAGACUAUGGACCCGUCCCCAGACACUGAAGAAACACAAAUUGACCGGGAUACUCGAUCCACAUCUUGGAGUGAAGGAGAACAGCCACAACUCCAACCAGAACAGCAGCCACUGCAACGGCAGCGAUCCGUCAUAUCAGUGACCGAGAGUGUAUCCUCUCCAUCAUCAUCCACCCCUGCCAGCGCAGACGCAUAUUAUCGACAGACCCGUCGGCGCGGCCAGCGAGGAGAUAUGAGACGCCAGCAACGUGAACAGCAACAAGCGCUGGCGCUGCCUGCUUUAGGCAAUGUAGGGGAUGUGCCAGGGAACCUCACCCAAGGUGUUGGCGACUUGGCCCAGAACACCGCCGGCAGGGCUGUCGGCACGCUCGGCAACACGGCCGGAAAGGCACUGGGCCGAAGCAUUAUGGGGGGUAGAAAUGACACUCAAGUCCAGCAGCAGGGACAACAGGAAGUUGGGAAGAAGAAGGAUGAACAGCUGCGCCUGCGUCUAGAUUUGAAUUUGGACGUUGAGGUACAGCUCAAGGCUAAGAUUCAUGGUGAUCUUACGCUCCAGCUCCUUAUCUGUGCUUCUCCGUUAAACUCGUCCAAUUCGCAGAAGCGUAAGAUGGGUAGCUUUCAAAGCGCACAUGGGAACAUGCUACUGGACCAAGUUCCGGCUCGCUCCAGCAGUGCUGUAUGUUCCGGCGUAGAACUGGACAUAGGACCUGAGAAACAAGGCCAACCUCCGUAUCACCUGAUCGCGAGUAAAUGGGAUUCACGCGUGUCAUUCCUUCUCGUUUCCUUCAUUCCUUCCUCCAACUCUUCACAUGCCCCCUCCAUUGACGGGUUGUGCUCUACAGUUCGAAUGACUCCUUUCCUCAAAUCCGGUAAAACAGCUUUUCUAAGUCUCCAGCCAGGUGUUAUGUACCAAGUGGUCUAUUAA